AAGAGAGAGAGAGGAGUCGAGUUUUGUUCUUAGAGAAAGAGUGAACUGAGGAGAAGAUGGGAAGCGGAAAAAAGAAAAUUGAGAUUAAAAGAGUGGAGAAGGAAGGGCAGAGAAUGGUUACAUUCUCUAAGAGACGCCAUGGUCUCUUCAACAAAGCCCGACAACUCCGAUCCCUCACCGGCGCCGACAUCGCUAUCCUCACCUUCUCCCCCGCUGGCCGUCCCUACACUCACAGCGAACCCUCCUUCGACGCCCUUGUCGACCGUUACCUCAACACCGCCGCCGCCGGAGAGAAGGCAGAAGAGGGUUGUGAGGCUGCCGCCGCGAACCACCACCGGUUGAGUUCGUGGUUGGAUGCUCUGCAAUUCGAUGCGAGUGAUAGCAUUGAAGAUCUUGACUCUGUCACUACUCCUGCCAAAGACAUCUGGGAUUUCUUGAAAGACCGAUACCAGACUACUGGUCUUGCUCAUCAAUAUCAACUUCAGAACCAACUUCAUCAGAUGCGCCAAGAAUCUAGUCAGUCCAUCAAUGACUUCCUUUCUCAAAUGCACUCCAUUUGGGACCAGCUUGCUCUUUCCGAACCGACUUGGCCUCACCGUGAAGAUGCUGUUUUAUUCACUACUUAUCGUAAUCAGCAAAGUUAUAGCGUCGGCUUUGUCUAUACUACUGUAACUGUUGUUUUACAAUAG